AUGCUUUGGUUUAAAACCCUUUUAAUCUUGUUACUGAGUCUACUUGUACAGGGUAUUGAAUUAAAUCUUAAUAACUCUGAAUCCAUCGACAGCGCGCUCAGUCUGGUAGCAGAUGGUAUGCUUAAUUACUACGCUGGAAAGAACUAUGGCGGUACUAUUGGCAUGUUCGUACCUCCUGCUUACUGGUGGGAGGCAGGUGCAGCAUUUAAUGGUUUAUUGAAUCGUUAUUUGGCAACUGGAAACGAUACUUACAAUAUGUUAACAAUGCAAGGCAUGCUUCAUCAGAUCGGAGACAACUCGGAUUACAUGCCGGCAAAUUAUUCCACAUCUGAGGGUAAUGAUGACCAGGCGUUUUGGGGAUUGUUAGCGAUGUCAGCUGCCGAAUCCAACUUUACGAAUCCGCCUCCAGAUGAACCUCAAUGGUUAGAGCUAGCACAGGCUGUUUUCAAUCAACAGGUGUACCGCUGGGACACGGGAACUUGCAAUGGCGGUUUACGUUGGCAAAUUACACAGUUUAAUCAUGGCUAUACUUACAAAAACUCGGUUUCUAAUGGGGCAUUUUUUCAGCUGGCUGCUCGUUUAGGUAGGUAUACUGGCAACCAGACAUUCUUUGAGUGGGCAGAUAAAGUAUACAACUGGAGUGUAGCUGUUGGACUUGUUCUGGAUGAUUAUUCCGUAUUGGAUGGAAAGUCUACUAAAGACAACUGUUCUGCUAUUGAAUUGACUCAAUGGACUUACAAUAGUGGAUUUUAUAUGGCGGGUUCAGCAUUUUUGUAUAACGCUACUGGCUCAGAAGUCUGGAAAAACAGAACGUCUGGGUUCGUGGAUAAGGCUGCCGAAAUGUUCUUCUACGAGUACAUUGUUUAUGAGCCAGCAUGUGAAGUGUCUGCCACAUGCAAUUACGACCAAACAUCCUUCAAGGGUUUCUUAUGUCGAUUUAUGGCUUAUACUGCAAUGCUUGCUCCAUUCACCCGGGAGACCAUUGAGCCGUACCUAAAAACUACUGCACGGGCUGCAGCAACCGCUUGUUCCGGAGGCUAUGACGGCGUUACAUGCGGUAAUCAAUGGUGGUGGAACAAUGGUACUUGGGAUGGAUUAUAUGGCCUCGGCGAACAAAUGUCUGCGCUUGAAGCAAUUGUAGCCGUCCCUUUCAUGGACGCAGCACCACUUUAUACACACGCCAAUGGAGGUUCCUCCACAGGAGAUAACAUGGCAGGACUUUACGAUGAUGAGACAAGCUGGGCUCCUCCAAGCUACCUGCCCUUAAACUCCAUUCUACUUCUCGUUUUAUUUUGGAUGCCAAUGCUAGUUAUAUAGUAUCAUCUCUGUUUAUUUUUUGUACAUACUUUUACUUCUUUCACUUAUAUUUAAUACUUUACCCGUUCUCCCUCUCUUCAUACUAUCCCCCCAGCAGUGAAGUGUGGCCGACUACAAAACAGA